CAGCCCGAAAAACAACAACACAAAAAUAUACCACCAAACAUUAUUAAUGCAAAUCGGUGCGCAUAUUUCUUAUCGCAUUAAAACGUGUUUCCUCUGUCGUUUUUCGUGAAAAAUGUUUUAACAAUAGUGAAGCAGGAGCGAGUUAUAGAAAAACGGUCAACAAACCUUUUGCGCCGUACCGCCGAGCGCUGUGUGCUGCUGCCAGCUGUUCGGCUCGGACGGCUCAGUGCUCAGGGGAACGGAAGAAAACGGGCAAUGUAGAACACACAGCUGGAGCUUUCUCUCAACUAAAACGAAACACAAUCCUUUCUAUCCUUCCUAUCGUACGUGGCUGUGAAAUGUUUUGCUGUUUGAAGAACUGCCUCAACGGUGUGCUGCCGGCUCAGUCCGUGCACAUCACGAAAACAGCCAACCCGGUACAACUGGACUCGUCACAUAUGGGCCAUGAAGUGGUCAUCAUCAAAAACGGACUGCGAGCCUGCGGAACCGGUGGCGUACUGGCAAACGCACCGCUCGUCCAAUCCAAAUCGUAUUUCGAAGUGAAGCUGCAGCAGUCCGGCCACUGGUCGAUCGGGCUGGCCACGCAGCAAACGGACCUGAACCAAUCGGUCGGCGGCAAGGACCGGGAAUCGUGGUGUCUCAACUCCAACCAUCUCGUACUGCACGGCGGCGACGUCAUCUACCGGCUGGACGCGAGCAAAGGGAGUGCGGUACCAAACGGGGGACAAAACUCACCGGGACACACCGUCCCCGGCACCGUGCCCGUCGAUCUCUCGCCCAUCUCAGCGCCGCCCGCGUUCUCUUCGGUCGCUUCCCCACCCGGCGGCAGCGGGGAAAGUGGAUUGCCCCAGGAAGGCGACACGAUAGGCGUCGCGUACGACCACGUCGAGCUGAACUUCUACCUGAACGGCAAGAAUCUGAACGUGCCGGUGCUGAACGUGCGCGGAACCGUCUAUCCCUGUCUGUUCGUGGACGAUGGUGCGAUUCUGGACAUUGUGCUGGAUAACUUCGCGUACGGGCCACCGCCCGGCUUCGAGCGCAUUCUGGUCGAGCAGUCGUUACUUUAACUGGUCACAUGCGAGUGCGUGCGUGGGUGUACUGUUGCUUUUGUUAAGUUUUGAAACGCGCACGUUGCAAUCGAUUCACUUAAAUAACUAAUCUCUUCAGUGGGAAACGGACACUCGGUACGCGGGGGUUUCCUUAUCAUAUCUCUUUCUCUCUCUCUCUCACACACAAUCUAUCUUACUAACUUUCUUCUAUCCUGCCGUUUUUCUCUUCCGCUUUGUGUUAACACAUCGUUACAAGAUCGUGGCUGUGGUGGUUUAAUGAUUGCUUGCGGAAAGAUCCGCUCCAUACACUACUACGGCGUAACUUGUUACAGUAAUCCAUUGUCUUUCACACAAAAGUGCAUAGAACGACGAGGGCAACGGUCCAACUACAAUGUCCAGUAUCAAGGAUCGAAUCAGAAGCGAAACAAAAAUGCUAGCUUCAUUCUUCCUGCCUAAUCCAUCAUUCCUUUUUCCCCCCUUUACUACGACACCAUCAAACUGAAACCGUUUAUUGGAAGUUGGUGGAAGCAUCCCCUUUUUCUAUCGCCAACGUUUGCGUUCCCUUUCCUUCGAAAACCACAAAACGCUUCGAACUGAUCUAAAUAUUUACGCUAUUACGAUUGUAUAAAUAGAACAAACUGCGAAACAUUGGAAAAGAAAAUAUAUUAUACACAUGAACAUAUUUAUUACACGA